UGUCCUAUUAAUAACUUGGACUAAUGAACUCUUAUCUCACACGAGCACACACACACACUGACAGAGAAAGAAGGAACACAAAGGAGGACUGAACUCCACCCAUGACGCGUCACUAACUACCUUUCACAGGUGUCACUUCCAGUUUCUUCACAUUCUCUCAGUCGAUAGAGGUGAUUCCCACAGGCACGCACACUCACUCAUGCAGUGUCCUACAGUCUCUCAUUUCCUGGAUCCAGCGCGUCCGAGCUGCUGUGGAAACUUUCAGAAGUUUUGUUGUUGAGAGGGAGGACGUGAAUAGGGGAGGGGGGGGGAUCUCUGGGAGCCUACUGCGGCGUUUGCUGCGCUCACACGCAGAUCGGUUCGGUGUCUGAGCUCCGGGGAUGUCGGCCGUGAAGGCGCUGCAGCAGUGGUGCCGGGUCCGGUGUGACGGCUACCGGGACGUGUCCAUCACCAACAUGACCACGUCCUUCAGGAACGGAAUGGCUUUCUGCGCCCUCAUCCACAAGCACAGACCCGAUCUCAUCAACUUUGAUUCACUGAAGAAGGAAGAUGUUUAUGAGAACAACAAACUGGCGUUCAAUGUUGCGGAGGAGCAGUUGGGAAUUCCAGCGCUGUUGGAUGCAGAAGACAUGGUGGCUCUUAAGGUUCCUGACCGCCUCAGUAUCCUGACAUACGUGUCCCAGUACUACAACUACUUCCACGGGCGCUCCCCGAUUGGUGGUCUGGGAGGUAUAAAGCGUCCAGCUGACGACCCCACGGAUGAACCGUCCGGGAAGAAGAACCAGCCGGUGGCAGCGAAGGUGUUUCCCUCUUCCAAACCGGCCAGAGAGAACAGCCCUCCCCCCUCCGCCAACAUCACAAGGCCCUCUCCUUCCCCAAAACAAACCAGAAAUGCCACAAAGGAUGUGGUGGUUGAGAGAUCCCAUCAGACAGGCACCCUGAGCAACAAAUGUGAGUCCUGCACCAAGCACGUUCACCUGGUGCAGCGACAUCUAGUGGACGGGAAGCUCUAUCACAGGAGCUGUGCAAAGGCACUGUCGGCUACAAACCCACCUGCACCUUUCAGAGGUUUACCCACAAACACUCCCGUUUCCAGAUUAACUCUGCUAGCUGACUCCACUGAAACCAACACGGCCACUCCGACUCAUACACCCUCCAGACUGGGACUGUCAUCGCUGACGGAGAAAGCCAGCACCCCUCCCAGCUUCUCCACCACUUUUCCUUCCUCGCCUCCCUCCCGGCCUGCUUCCAGUGUCUCUCCUGCUGCUAAAGAGACUCAGACGUCUGUUUCCAGAUUAACUCACGUUACUCCCGAAACUUCCGCUUCCAGAAUAACUCCCGAAACUCCCGUUUCCAGAUUAACUCCGCUAGCUGACUCCACUGAAACCAACAUGGCCACUCCGACUCAUACACCCUCCAGACUGGGACUGUCAUGGCUGACGAAGAAAGCCGGCACCCCUCCCAGCUUCUCCACCACUUCUUCUUCCUCGCCUCCCUCCCAGCCUGCUUCCAGUGUCUCUCCUGCUGCUAAAGAGACUCAGACGUCUGUUUCCAGAUUAACUCCCGUUACUCCCAAAACUCCCGUUUCCAGAUUAACUCCCAUUACUCCCAAAACUCCUGUUUCCAGAUUAACUCCUCUAGCUGACUCCACUAAAACCAACACGGCCACUCCGACUCAUACACCCUCCAGACUGGGACUGUCAUCGCUGACGGAGAAAGCCAGCACCCCUCCCAGCUUCUCCACCACUUUUUCUUCUUCGCCUCCCUCCCGGCCUGCUUCCAGUGUCUCUCCUGCUGCUAAAGAGACUCAGACGUGUGUCGUCUCCAAACCCGCGGCUUCAAUGACUCCUAGUGACUCUCCCUCCACCACAGCAACAACUUCUAUCAACACCAGGCCCACCGCUGCUCCUCGUACCUCGACCACGGCGGCCAAGACAGCGCAGUCCAAGCUCAAGUUCUUCCUAUCGGAGAGCGAUGAAGAGAAAAAGACUGCAACCGCCAACGUUGUCGUAAACAAAGGGCCGAACGUGACCGCCAAGGUCCAGGAGGCCACAGUAGGACAGGCCGUCUCUGUGGUUGUGAAUGUUGGUGGCUUUGGCAGAAAGGAAGCGGAUGUGAGCCCAAACACAGGUGGGGAGAGAGCGAAAGCAUCUGGAGUAGGUGGAGAUUCGAAAGCGAAAGCAUCGGCCGCAGCCUUCAUCUCCAAAACACUGGCUGAGGAGAACAACAACAACAACACCGCUAAGCCUGCGUGGACGACUGUAGCACUGAAGAAAAUUGAUAAACCUCCUCAAGUGGAGACUCCAAAGAAGGAGACGGGGGGCGUCAGAGGGAGAAAGGUGCUGAGGGCAGACCCGUCGAUCCUCGCUGACCUGGUGACUCCGACAGACAACCGGACUCCCAGCCCGGCCAGCAGAAGUGGACUCAGAGCCAGAACCCCGGACAGAGAAGCCUCAAAGCCCGGCAGUGCAUCGCCCAACAGCUCAGCAUUAGAAAACAAAGCGUCUCCUGCGGACUGGAGGUCGAGGCUCAAACCCAUCUCCAAACCUGCUGCUCCUUCCCAGCCCUCCCCUAAACCCUGGGCUAAUGGAGCUGGACAGCCUCAGACUUCAGAGCUGUCUGUUGGGCCUUCUCCCUCCUCUCAUCUUCACAACCCGAGCAUCUCUGUCACUCCACCUGCAGCAAAGGGAUUCCUGAACGGUCAGACAGACCCAACUGCAAAUGGCACCAAGUCAGAGUCAAAGAAGAUGAAACCAGACUACAUUCUCAAAGAAGACAUCAUAAGGGAACUGCAGGAGAUUGAAGAUAGCUUGAACGAGUGGGAGAAGAGGGGAGUGGAGCUGGAGGUGAAGCUCCGCAGCAGUGAAGAAGAGGGUGAAGAUGACUCUCUCAUGGAUGAGUUCAUGGUUGAGUGGUUCAACUUGAUCAGGAACAAGCAGGUGGCAAUGCGCCGGGAGUCUGAACUGGUCUACGUUGGGAAAACCCAGGACCUGGAGGAAGAGCAGCCCACUGUUGAGCAGGAGCUCAGGAGACUGAUGGACAAACCAGAACAUCUGAAAACAAACUCGGACCGCAAGAGGGAAGAGCAGCUGAUGGCCAAACUGGUGGACAUUGUCAACGACAGAAACGCUAUUAUAGAGGGUCUGGAUGACGAUAGACUCAGGGAGGAAGAGGAGGACGUGGAGCUCAACAAGCUGAUGAUGAAUUUCAACGUGAAGAAAGACAAACAAAAGAAGAAGUCUCCGAUGUCCAAACUGUUCGGUUGGGGGAACAAGAAGGAGGGAUGAUGCUCCUCAAAACACAGCGCUGCUCCUCUCUUUGAUCGUUUUUUUCCCUACUGCUCUUGUUGUAGUCUUAAUGUCAGUUUACGCCUGUGAUUCAUGGGAUAACAUUGAUGGUGUGUGUGUGUGUGUGUGUGUGUGUGUGUGUGUGUGUGUGUGUGUGUGUGUGUGUGUGUGUGUGUGUGUGUGUGUGUGUGUGUGUGUGAUCUGUCAUUUUAAGCGCUUUUAGAAAAAUGCCCUUCCCUCUGUCGACUGCAUCACUCAAGAUCUGACGUUACUCCUGCCUGCCAGUGACACACACACACACACACACAUGCAUGCAAGCUCAUGCACACACACACAAAUAACGUUGAGGGGUUAAUGACUCACCAGCCGUGAUGUGAUUGGGUUCAGUGCUCCAGUUGUUAGUUUUAAUACCCUUCUAGUCUUAAUCUGUCUACUUAAUGCUCUGAAACGCGUGCACACACACACACACACACACACACACACACACAUUUUAUUCCUCUAUCUGCUUACAUGUGCAACUUAGUGGAAUGUUGGUUGUAUACAGUAACACUUCAGAUGCUAAUACGAUUUAAAGAAGCGAGGUCAGACAGCUGUUUCUUGCUCUCUGCUCAUGUUUGGGUCCACGCUACAAGACUAACGUCAGGGUCGCUUUCAUUACACGUUGAACUACAUUUAAGGUCUCGCUAAAAUCUCGUUUACUCAGAGCUCGACUCUGAUCUUCUAGACCAACGGUUUCCAACCGGAGGUUCAGGAGUUCUCAGGAAAACAAAAAAUAGAGAAAACAUAUUUCUAUUUCUAGUCUUUAGUUGAACUUUGUCACAGCUUGUAGGAACACUCUCAGAAACAAGGGUUCCAAAAGGGCUCUCCCCGAAGGGCUAUGGGUUCCAUUAAAAACCCUUUCCAUUCAAAGAACUGUUUUUGGGAGAAAGUUUUCUUCAUGUAUUAUUGAAAGCAGAGCCAACACCCCUGACUGAACCAUGAUUGUUGUGGGUUGAACGGCACCACCUCCAGCCCUUUGGGAGGCUCUUGAGGCCCAAGGCUGCUGGACCGUGUUCCCAUGCUAACCUGGUUAGGUUGGAGAAAGAUCUAUGGAGUAAAAGGGAAUAUAAGAGGGUUAUUGGUAGGUCUUCCUGGGUAGGUUGUAAGCACACAUAAGGCCUUUAUACACCGGGGGUAUAACGAAUUUACAACACGAAAAUGCUGAAUGUUAUGUCAUGGGCUUUUACUCUGAAAGGUUUUUAUAGAUAUUAGUGCAAAUCAACACCUUCCACACAAAGUGAUGGGUUGAUGUCUUUGAUCACGGUCCGAAAGUUUAGAAACGUCGGCCUCAUUCCGGCAAAAAAAUUAUGUUGCUUUUUGUUGCGUAAUAUUCCCGUUUUGUGUGAAAGUUUUCAUGACAAAAACAAAAGUAUAUUGAUGUGCAAAUUAGGCGCACGAAAGAAACGCCCCGGUGUGUACAGGCCUUUAGAGGAUGGGAAGUUUCUAGGUGGACCAUUACACCAUAGAAGGGUUCUCUUUAGAAGCUGUCAUCGGGGCUUCAAGGGUUCUCCUGGGGACCAAACCGAAGAACCCUAUAUGGUUCUAUUUAGCACCUUUUUAUUUCUAAGUGUGUAUAUGCCAAAGAUGGAAACAAAAUGUACUCAUAAUUUGAUAGCUUUGUUUUAAUGGGCUGGAAACCACAGAACCAAACGCACUCGCAGCAUUUCUUGACUUUUGACAGCAGUCGGUCGUGAAGGUUUACUUACUAAUCAUUUACAGAUUCCAGCUGCACAUUCAGGUUUUCAUUAAGCGACAGUGAUCCUCCAGGAAUCAAGUGGAAAAGCUCUGAAUCAUAAAGUUUCCCUUUGAGCUUAGAUUUGCUUCGACAUUUAAAAAUGAAUGUUGUUUUUUUUUUAAUAAUACAUUUAUGAGUUAACGCAGACCUGAUGCUCAAACACGGCUGCAAGAAAGUCACUGGAUGUCGUGCUUUGUUUUACUUUCAUGUUCUGCUGUACUUGUGUAGUUUCUAUAAUUGACUAGAGGAACAGUAUGCGUCUGGUUUGGUAUCAUGUGACUCACAGGUUUAACCAAUUUAAACUGAAAUCAGUUGACUGGAUGAUUCUGAGUCGUAGAAAUACAAGAACUGGUCCAUAUUGGAUCUGGAUGUUUUAAAAUCUGAAUUAACGGUUUAUUUUGUGUCAUAAUCUUUUGCUUAUCAGUCAUUUUUGGAGAGGCACUAAAGCCAACUUUUAAUUUCUGUGUCGUGACCAAAUUGCUCAAUUACAACACAACUGUUUGGUGUUUUGCAUAAUCUAACAUUGUACAUAUGUUAAUGUUUGUGUCCCCAUUUAUUUCCCUUCAUCUCGGUUGUAUGUAUUGUAUAAAGUCGAAACUUAUAACAGGAUUUUAAACACAUUUCUGUCAUACAUCAACUAGAAUUUUAAUAAAAAGAUGACGUUA